GCCCCGGUGCCGUAGUGAUAUUAUGGCAUUAAUUUCGGUUCCUUCCCGCCUCCCCACCGGGCCCGGCCGCUUCUCCACAGGAGACGGCAGCCGGCCGAGGCGGUCACGGCGCUGGCUCAGGGGAACGGCCGGGCCGCGGACAAAGCCGCCCUAUGCGGCGGGGGAGGCUCGCCCGGCUGGGGGGGAGCGGAAAGGAGGGGAAGUGGAAAAGGAAGGGGUUGGGAAAGCGGCCGGGCCGGAGCAGGCCCCACUUGCCUCACCGCGGCCCCACCGCUGGGUCUCCUGGCAACGCCGCGCCCACCGCCGCUCAUGCGCGCCCGCCCCAGCAGCGCCUCGGGGCGCAUGCGCGCCUCUGCAGCGGCGGGAGGACAACGGGCGCCGCCAUGUCGGAGCCGCUGCGGGCGUUCCGCCUGCGCGGGUGCGGAAGCCCGCAGAAGUUCGGCGUGGCGGCCGGGAGCUUGCGCGGGUUGCUGCGGAAGGGCUGCCGGCUGCUGCAGGUGCGGGCCGGGGACCGAGGCGCGGGGUUGCGGGCGCGGGCCCGCCCGCCUCUCACCCGCCCGGGGUGCAGCUUCCCUUGCCAGGCAGCCGCCUCUGCCUCUACGAGGACGGGACGGAGCUGACCGAGAGCUACUUCCGCGCCUUGCCGCCGCAGACGGAGCUGGUGCUGCUGGGCCCCGGAGAGAGCUGGGGGGGCUGUGUCAGCGAUCUCGAGCGGUUCCUGGCCGCCCUCUCCGCGCAGAGGGACGCGGUCGUGGCGGCGGCGCGGAAGCUGCUGUCGGACGAGCGGGCCCCCCGGAGGCAGAAGCUGCUGGCGGAUCUCCUGCACAACCUGAGCGAGAACAUCCUGGCCGAGCACAGGGAGGAGGACGAGAAGUGGUUCGAAGGUCUAGAGUCUCGCUUCAAGAACAAAUCAAGCUACAUGCGAUACAGUUGUGAAAGCAGAAUACGAAGCUACAUGAAAGAGGUUAGCAGUUCUAUUUCAAAUGUUCAUCCUACAGCAAAAGAUGCAUAUAAAAGGAUAAUUGACCUGAUGUCAGAUAAACUGAAAUCUGUGAAAUAUAACGGAUGCUACUUUGACAGAAGAGAGGAGGAGGCAGUCCGCCUGUGCACUACAGAGGGAUGGUUCUCUUGUCAGGGACCUUUUGACAGAGAUGACUGCCCAUGUAAGCAUUCGAUCAACCCCUACAGUAACAGGGAAAGCAGAAUCCUCUUCAGUACCUGGAAUCUCGAUCACGUAAUAGAGAAGAAACGUGCUGUUGUCCCAGAACUGGCAGAAGCAGUCAAAACACGAGGUGGAAGAGAAGUGAACUGGGAAUACUUCUAUCAGCUGCUGUUUACUGUGGAUAAUUUAAAACUUGUACAUAUUGCUUGCCAUAAGAAAACCAAUCAUAAUCUCAGCUGUGACAAAACUAAAAUUUACAGAAAAAAGAAGCAAAACCACAAGAUUUCAUAGUACUAUCUCUGGAAUUGACUUCUUCAAAAUCAUGUCACGUGAUAUCAUUUUUAAAUAGCUCUGGUUUCUUUAAAAAAAAAGCUUAUUUAGGAGUCCCUGGCAAAAGAGACUUGCUAAGUAAUUCAACUACAAUCUCACAACACAUACAUUCAUGCCUAAUUCUGCUUUCCCGCCUUCUCACUGACUAUAAGCCUUCCUUUGACCACACUGUGUUAAGCGUGAUAAAAUAGAGCUGUGAGUCAGAGAUAAAAAAUGAGGUCAGAGGCUGACACCGAUUAUGCCCAACGAUCUCUUUCUUUCUGUGACAAAUGUAAGCCCAAAACUCACAGCACACAAAAAUGAAACUUGGACAAAACAUUUCUUAAACUCAUCUGAGGGGACUUGUAGAACCAUUUCUCUGAAUGUUAAUCCAAACAAAGAAUACUUUAGGAUAAUUAUUUAGCUCUGUGCCUUUUCCAGGUAGCCAACAGCUGUAUUUCAGGUAUGCCAAAGGGCGAUUCAGUGACACAGCUUCUGGCUCUUCUGUACCAAAAUACCUGCACUCAUCCAUGGCAACUCCAUUUGCUGCUGCUUUAGACACGCAUCUCCCAGAAGGAAGAGCAAGGCCAUGGCAUAGCUUUGCUUUUACCACCUUUGUUCUUUGUCAUCUUUCCCAUUGAUUUUCCUCUCCUUUCAAACAGCUUCUGCCUCUUUACCUUCAUGUUUGCUUGAAGCAGUACAAGCAAUGUUACUGUAUAAUAAUCAUGUUUACCGGCUGCUUUAGAGAAUAUUGCUUUUGCAAAACACUUCCUACCUCAGGUAACAAAAUACAAAUAGAUCAAUUUUUACUUGAAUUUUUUUUUUUAAAUAUCAGCUGAUAGCAACUGAACUUUUAGGGAUUGUCAGUGGAAACGUGAUUUUUUUUUUUCUUUUUUUAAUAAAAAAAUUACCGCCA